AUAACAUGCACUAUUCCGGACCGCACUUACUUAUCUGUAUGUAGCCCGUAGGUGUCAUUUCACAGCACUCUUCACCUUCCACAAUUUAAGCAAAGAACUCAGCUUCAAUGGCGACUUCUUCACUCUCUUCUGCUACUGCUGGUCGCCACUCUUCUCGUCGUCGCCACUCUUCCGUCUCUCUCCAAGGAACUAGUAAUGUGGAAUGCAAUCACUUGCAAAAUCAACUUGGAAGAACCACUGUUUCUUUUUGGAGGUCUUCUGCUAAUUAUGCUAGGAUGGAUUGUGGUGUUAAAAAGUUAUCCGGAAAAUAUGUUGUGGUGAGACAGUUUCCCAAUAGAGCAGGAACUUUUAGGUGUGCAACUAUUGAGGAAAUUGAAGCGGAAAAGUCCAUGAUAGAGAAGGACACUAAACAAAGGAUGGAGAAGACGAUUGAAACAGUACGCUCAAAUUUCAAUUCUAUAAGGACAAGUAGAGCUAAUCCUUCAAUGUUGGAUCGGAUAGAGGUUGAGUACUAUGGAACUCCUGUGAGCUUGAAAAGCAUUGCACAAAUUAGUACCCCUGAUGCUAGUUCCAUUUUGAUAUCACCAUUUGACAAAUCAAGCUUGAAGUCUAUAGAGAAGGCAAUUGUUACCUCACAGCUUGGUUUAACUCCAAGUAAUGACGGGGAUGUUAUUCGGCUAUCCCUGCCUCCAUUAACUUCAGAAAGAAGGAAGGAGCUUUCAAAAGUUGUUGCUAAACUUGCAGAAGAAGGCAAGGUUGCUGUGAGGAACAUAAGAAGAGAUGCCUUGAAGGCUUAUGAAAAACUCGAGAAGGAGAAGAAGCUUUCAGAAGAUAACGUGAAAGAUCUAUCUGCUGAUCUGCAGAAAAUGACCGAUGAGUAUAUGAAGAAGGUUGACUCUAUCUAUAAGCAGAAAGAGCAGGAACUGAUGAAAGUCUGAGCGUUGUACAGCGAAAUAGAGCCGUUAUAAUUUUGAAUUCUAAUGUUCUUAUUAGUAAGCUUGAGGAGAGCCUUGUUUUGCAAUUUUUCUCGUGCAUAACAUAUUCCUGGAAAUAGGCCUUGUUCGAUUAAGAAAUCUAAAUAGAAUUGGACCAACAUUCAAAAGUAUGUUGCUUACUCUGCUUUUAACAGUUCGUUGUAAUGAUAUUUCUCUUGAUAGUCAAAUGCUUAUUUUACGAAGUGGGCAAAUUUGUUCUGUUUAUAAA